CCAACGAUAGUCGGCGUGACUGGAAUGUGGCAUCCAGCAAGCUGCUUCGAGGACCUCGAGGCCGCGUUCAAAGCAAAGGGUUAUCCGUUUGUUAGUCAGGACGCGCCUGGUAUUCUGGAUGAGGAUCCAUUCAAUAGCACAGUGGACAAGGAUUCCGAAUCCCUAAGGAAGAAUAUUCUUCUCCCACUCCUUGCCGAAGGCAAAGAUGUUGUCCUUCUCAUGCACUCUUAUGGUGGCGUCUAUGGCUCAGCCGCCGUUGAUGGGUUGAGCGUUCGAGAGAGGAAGAAAGCAGGCCUGAAAGGAGGUGUGACAGGCCUUGUCUACGUUACCGCUGUUACGCCAGCUGUUGGGAAAUCCUUGCUCGACAUGAUGGGG